AUGGACGCCAAAAUAUCCCAGCUCAUGGACAUGGCCAAAGCGGCCUUGAAGCGAUACGGAGAUGUCAUGGAAGCUGCAGAAGCCAUCUUUGAAGGUCGUUUCGAUAAUCUGAAAGAUGAAGAUGGAGACGUCGAAAUGCCUGCCGCCAAAUCCAGGGAAUCAGCGAAGCGCAAGUCCACUCCUUCCGACGAUGAAGACGACGAAGGUGAAGACGGAAUGGACGAAGACGAUGAUGAGGACGACUAUGUCGACUACGACUCCGAUUUUGGGGAAACCAUCGAUAAGGGUAAUGGAGCCCCAGACGUCGACCCGUAUGCAGGGAUCUUUUUCUCCAAGGAUCGACGGGAAGAAGUGAUCGAGAUUGAAGAAGUUCCGGAAACGUACACACCGCCUGGGUCGAACGAGUCCCUCAAGAUGCUGACCCAAGGGCAAUGGAUGAAGGGCUGUCCAGAGAAGGGAGAACAAGGAUUCUUGUUUGGCCUUUACUCUCAGCUUAGCGACCCGAAUUUCAACUGUCCACACGACUGUGGUGGAAUGAUUCAGCGAAGGAAGGGGGAUUUCUUCGCACUCCAUUCGGACUUUACAUCCUACAUUGAACGUCUGCGCUCAAUUGUCCGAGCGAGAUGUCAACGGUGCCACUCGGAAGUCUGUCUUGCCUGCCGCGAACCUGUCUCACCGGAGAAGGAGAAAGCGAAGUCCACGACCAGCGCAAAUGAUCCCUUGUUCCAUUGCGCUGAUUUGCAGGGUUUGAUUCUUGGUGUUGGCUUGUUGAUGCUCGAACAGCUAUUCCAGAACAAGGACGAAAGUGCAGUCGUCGAUCAGGGCUCGCGGACCAGCAAACGAAGGAGGACCGACGAUGGUGGCGACGAGAACAUUCCUGGUAUAAUCUUUCCCGGUGUUAUUGGGGCCUCUGGGAAGAAGGCAAAGGGAGGAACGGGGUAUGCUGGUGACCAGAAAGAAGAUACUUCUGGACAAAUUGAAGCCCUGAACGCACAACGUCUUAAAGAUGAGAAACUGGGCAAAUUCUUAUCAGCGAUCCGGGUCUUCCUUCCCAAUAUCCAUCGGGAAGGUGGCGGAACCGCCAGCGAUUAUCUCGUCCACCCAACCGCACUAGCACACCUUCGUCGCCGUUUCAAUCAUGUCUGCAGCACGUUAUUGCGCAACGAUUCCCUCACUGACAUGUCUGACCGAUCUGUCCUCUACUUUGAAUUGCUAAAUUGGCUAGAGACCAUCUCCAACCACGAAGCACUGGCCAGCAUGAUGGCCAUGCCAAUCAUGGUGGUCGCUUCAGUGAAAUCGGUCAAUACGAAAUCCUCGGGACAAAAUAAAGGUACAAUACGCGAACGUACGAUCAUAUAUGAAGGAAGUUCGAGUCCACGAGAAUUGUUGGAAGGUCUCGCGAUUCAGGCCAGAGCAGCAAUCAAGGGUUUAGAAGGGAGCAAGCCCCAAGAGGCACCAACAGAUGAGUUGACCGAGGAACAGAAACGCAUGACAGUGGAGGCGAAGGAUAAGGAGAUCGCACAGACCCUGGUUCUCUCGGAUGAAAGCCAGAAGCUCCUCAACUUUUGCAACAGGAUACUCGCCACUGUGAAGGCGAUUGACCGGUCGCUGCGGGAAGUCAAGGGCGACGCUUUCGUUGAUCGACUUCAUGCCUCACUCCCAAAAAUCGCUACGACAGGCUCAUCAGAGACUUCGAAAGACUACAAGAUUGAUAGUUCGACUUCGGAUGAAGUGACGAGAAAGAUCUAUACGGAAUGGUCGACGAGUGCCAGAUUCGAAUAUUGUGAUUUGACUAUUCCAUCUCUUGGAGGAAGUGACGACGAGCCACCGCACUAUAAAUUCUACUUCGACGCAGAAGCUCGGAUACUGGUCAAUUCUGACAUCCCCAAACGGUCUCUCGCUAUUGCUAAAGAGCUUGCCAUUCUUACGACCAACCUUCCGGUGGCAUGGGAUUCUUCAAUCUUCCUCAGAGUAGACGAAACACGUGUCGACAUCAUUAAGGCGUUGAUUAUCGGUCCAGAGGGAACUCCAUAUCAGAAUGGAUGCUUCUUGUUCGAUAUAUUCCUUGGUCCCAGUUACAACCAGUCACCGCCAAACGUCAAGUACAUGACGACAAACGGGGGCAAGUUCCGCUUCAAUCCCAAUCUAUACGCAGACGGAAAAGUCUGCCUUUCUUUAUUGGGAACAUGGUCGGGUCCAGGAUGGAUCGCAGGAAAGUCGACACUGCUGCAAGUCUUGAUUUCGAUACAGUCCAUGAUUCUCUGUGAAGAGCCUUAUCUUAACGAGCCGGGAUGGGCGAACAAUGGUGGCAGUCCUCAGUCGAAAGCUUAUUCUGCCAAUGUUCGCCGAAUGACGGUCAAGACAGCAAUGCUAGGCAACCUGAAGAACCCGCCUGAACCGUUCGGGGACAUCAUUCGCACCCACUUCCGGUUAAAGGCCAAGAGUGUUGCCGCCCAGCUGGACGAUUGGCUACGUCUCGAUGAUGGGAGGCCGACAUCCGGCGAUGGAGGCCAACCUUCCCGACUCGAGUCGGCGGGAUCAAGUAACAAUGGAUUUGCUAAAGAUGUCGAGGAGCUGAAGGGGAUGUUGAAGAAACUGCAGGUAGCCUGA